AUGGCGACAGUAUCUUUUAUUUUAUCUUUGACUGCGUGUCUACUCACUCUCCUGCCACUGACAGUCGGAGUAGGUAUCUUCGACAUCUUCGACGUAGAGCAGAAUGCCGCCAACAAUGGCGGCUGCGGGGCUCGAAUGGCAACGCUAGAUGUCUGGCUUUCAGACAGUAUCGAAAGCCUUGACGUAGCGUUGACCGCCAUCGAUAACUACCGUCAAAAUGUCGGGGUCCGCAGAGCGUUGUCGACGUUCUUCGGUAUCAGGAACACUGGAGGGCGAGCUACGCCAAAAGCUGUCAAUGAUAUUAAAAAUAACCUCGCCCACGUUUUUGAAUUUUUGAACCACCACCAGGAGAAUGGCAACUUCUUCUACGACUCCACAUACAACCACCUCCACUGCGACAGCACCUUCCUGGUGCCUCGCGCUCCAAACAGCCCAGCAUUUGAUUCCAAUGGACAGGUCAUAGUAGAUCAGAACGGCAACCAAGUCACCAUUGAGAACAUACCAAGCUAUCGCGAUGCUCUCGUCAAGGACGCACGUGCUUCGCCGUGGUGGGCUGGUGACUUUACCAAACUGAAAGGCUAUUACUUCGAUGAACAGGGUGGUAACUUCUGCCAAGGGGACCAUUUAGGCGCCACUGCUCACAUUAAACCGCUGCUGACUGACGGCGCCACCGAAACCGAUCCUAACAGCCAGCAUGCAAGCGUCAUCAUCUGUCCACACGCCUUUGUUGGAAGCACACAACCAGACAACUACAGGGAUGCAAACAAUCUUAUCGCACAAGGCACAAACUUCGCCCUUGUUGUUCCCAAAAGCGCGACGCUCCUUCACGAGGUCUUUCACGUUGUGGGAGGCGAUUACUAUUUGUCGGGCCCAGCCGAAAAGUAUCCUCUCCUUGACGCUUUAGACCUUGCAUCAAGAAAAUCUGGACAAGCCCAGCGAAACCCGGAAAACUAUGUCUUCUUCGUCGCCCACAUGUACCACAUGUUGGGUCAACCAGAGGGGAAUGAACCGUGGUCUAUUGGGGGAAACUGGGACUUCAGUGUUACUGGCAGCGGCAGCAACCGCGUUUAUGGGGCUACAGCGCCACCCCCGUAA